GAACAAUAUUGAUUGUUUUGGGGGUUUUUUUGCGUGUGAAGCUUUUGAGCAGAAGCAUCAGCUUUGUAGAGAGCAAGCAUUAGAGGCUCUCUGUGGUGCACAUGCUGGAUAUCAUGCCCAGUAAGAGUGUACUUAACACAGAAGUGGUCAGUAAUACAGAUGGAACGUUAAAAGCCAACACAGGACGCUCCAGGAAAAGAAAAGCCGAUGUUGCUAUUCAUUUAUCAGAUCCAGAUGAGGAAGUUGCAGAGAUGACCAGAAAGAAGCAAUGUGCAUCUCGGACGUGCCAGGAUAAGACGGCGGCCUGUUGGAGCCCGCGUGAGCCCCACUCGUCCUCAGAUCAGGCUGACAGACCGGUUGGAAUCGGCAGUAUGGGAUUUGCACACUAUAACGACAGAAAUAUUUUCCUCACACCGACGCGGCCUUCCCCUCUGCCUGCUCUCUGCUGGGCGAACAAAGACGACGUGUGGAACUACCUGCUGAGAAAGGAUAAGCUCUAUCUCCACGAUAAACAUGUGAUGGAGAGACACCCGAACUUGCAGCCCAAAAUGAGAGCCGUCCUGCUUGACUGGCUUCUUGAGGUGUGUGAGGUGUACAAGCUACAUCGGGAGACGUUCUAUUUGAGUCAGGAUUAUUUCGAUCGGUUCAUGGCGACGCAGAAGAACGUUCUGAAAUCCACUCUGCAGCUCAUCGGCAUCUCGUCUCUCUUUAUAGCUGCUAAGAUGGAGGAGAUUUAUCCUCCGAAAGUGCACCAGUUUGCAUAUGUUACUGACGGCGCGUGUACGGAGGAGGAGAUCCUCAGCAUGGAGGUCAUUAUCAUGAAGGAGCUGAAUUGGAGUAUGAGUCCACUGACUCCGGUUUCGUGGUUGAACGUGUACAUGCAGAUGGCUUAUCUGAAGGAGUUCGCUGAAGUUCUCAUGCCGCAGUUUCCACAGACUACUUUUGUACAGAUCGCUGAGCUGCUGGAUUUGUGUAUUUUGGAUGUGAGGAGUUUGGAGUUUUCCAACAGCCUGCUUGCAGCAUCAGCUCUCUUUCACUUCUCAUCAAUGGAACUUGUCAGUAAAGUCUCAGGUCUGAAGUGGAGUGACGUGGAAAGCUGUGUGAGGUGGAUGGUUCCGUUUGCCAUGGCAAUCCGUGAAGUCGGCAGUUCCACUCUUAAAACGUUUAAAGGAAUUCCAGCUGACGAUACGCAUAACAUCCAAACCCAUGUUGCCUACCUGGACUGGCUGGAAAACGUGUACACCUAUCAACAGGCGGAAGUAGAGCGUGGCCAGACAUCCCCUAUACCCUCUGGGGUGCUUACUCCACCGCCCAGUAGUGAGAAACCUGAGGAUGUGCCCUCCUGACCCUCCACACACUUCCUUCAUCUAUGUGAUUUGGGACACGGUCUCUCAUACAGUGACGGAUUAACAUAAGACCAGCAUCUUCAGCUUAUAUUAACAUGCACAGCUUGUAUUUUUAUUCUGCAGACUUGAAAUGUCCCUUUUUUUUUUUUAAAAAACAAAUGAUUUUAUAUUUGUAUUUUUUCCCCCCGGAGUGGGAAACUGCCCACCUGCUGACUCUUCAGAGCGACUCUGUGCCCUGAAUGCUGCUAACGGAGGUGGAGCAGAUGGGGGAAACGGCUAAAUGAAACGAAGCCUUGAUUAUAUUUUAUACACUAGCGUGUGAGUGUGUGUGAGAGAGAGAGCGUGAGAGAAUUCCUGCUGCUUAUAUGAGAAUUCUUUCUGCCAGGUUACCAUUGAAAUGGCUUCAGAAGUUGCAGGACUGGGAUUUUAUUUUGUAUUAGAUUUUCUCUGGUUGCAUCCCCAGUGGCGAAUUUUACCCAAAUGGUCUUGUUUUUAAAUUAAAUGCUGCUACUUUUCAUUUUUAUAAGAUUAAAUAAAGAUUUUA